CCAUGCAGUACUACCAAUUAGGUAAGUAAUCCACAGAAAGUCUUGUUAUAAAUUGUUUGUAUCAGGAAGAAGAAUGUGUAUUGGGUAUUCGAGAUACCGACUGCUGUAUAUUGUAGAUUUGUAGUACCAAUUCGGUAAUUAUAUAUUAGUCGGGUGCGUUAUAUUAGUCCGGUACCCAAUUUUUUUCCGACGUUGCAUUGCGUGUUUCUUCUCUAUUCUCCGACCACCGUUAACGACGGAGAGAACCAAUUAGAGAGAAAAUAUGCCUCCAAGACGUAUCACUAGGACCCCCGUCAGAAAAUCCGUCAGAAAAUCCAACCCUAGUUCUUCCGCCAAAUCUGCCGCCGACUCCCAAGAAACGCCAUCUUCCACAACCACCAACUCAAAACCAUCCUCUUCCCCUACAAUUGAAACCACCCCGAAAACCUCUCCCAAAAUUAUCCCCAAUUCCGGUGAAGAUUUUACUGAAGUUCCGAUUGUAAAACCCUCAGAAGCCGCCAUUGAAACUGAAGAAUCCCCUGCUAUAACCGCUUCUAAAUCCACCCAAGAAAUCAUUUUUUCUGCAGAACCAUCCACCCAAGGAACUACUUUCACAACAGAACGCAAAGCAGCACCAAUUGAUGAGAAUAUUAAUGUGACAAACCCUACUUUUGUUGAACACGAAACCGCACCAUCUGAAACUUUAUCCGAGAACACUACUACUGUCAAAAGCCGUGAAACCCUAGAUGCGAAGGAGUCGCUAUCGCCUGAAAUUGCCUCGAAUACAGCCGUUGUGCCUCAGAAUGUUGAUGGAAGUGGUCAAGAAGCUGCGAUUAAAGCUGUGUCGAAGACGGGAGGGAAAACUGUGGUGAAGAAGACUGUGAGAAUUGUAAAGAAGUUGGUGAAGAAAAAGGUGCCCAAAAGGGUGCAAAAGAUGGUGAAUGGAGAAACGGAAGAGAAAGCAGGAACAGCCAAAGAUGGUGAAAACCCUAACCCUAUUGUUUUGGGUGGGACGGAAGUUGAAAACCCGAAACCUUUAGAGUCAGUUUCAAUGGAAAUCAAAAAUCACAAUGCUGAUUCUAGUACUUCUGUUUCAAAGAAAGUUGGGAAUUCCGAAUCUAAUGUCACUGUUUUGGUCGAGGCUGAAAAUUCUAACACUAACCUUAAUGAUUCCGUUUCAAUGGAGGUUGAAAACGCAGAUACUCAUGUUUCCAUUCCAGAGAAGCCAGAGGCAGAAAAUUUGAACACUAACCUUAAUGAUUCCGUUUCAAUGGAGGUUGAAAAUGCAAAUACUCAUGUUUCCAUUCUGGAGAAGCCAGAGGCUUGUGAAGGAGACCUUGAUGUUUCUUUGACUGAAAAUUUAUCUGAAGCUCCAGAUUCUGUAGCAGCUAAGAACAAUCAAAGUGAAAAGACUCUUUCUGUAACUGAAACUCAGUUAGAGGAUGAGAGUUCAAUCCCAGAUCAGAGUGACGAAUGUGAAACUGAAAAUGUAAAUUCUAGAGGUGGUGAGGAAGAGGUGGAGAACUGUGAAGUUAGCGGUUUGAAGGAAGAAGUUAGGAUGGUUGAUGUAGUUUUGAGCGGGGAAAUGGAGGCAUUGGAGCGGCGAAGGAAGCGGAAAACUGAGAUUUUCAUUGGCGGUUUGGACAAGGAUUCAAAGGAGGAAGACGUCAGGAAAAUUUUUGAAGAGGUUGGUGCUAUUGUGGAGGUGAGAUUAGUGAUGAAUAGUAAAACAGGGAAGAAUAAGGGGUUUGCAUUUGUGCGUUUUGCUUCAGCAGCUGAUGCUAAGAAGGCUUUGGCAAAAUAUCCCAAAGUUGAGAUUUGUGGAAAGCAGUGUCGCACAUCGCUUGUUGAGGGCAAUGACACAAUAUUUCUUGGUAAUAUUGUCAAGCAUUGGAAGAGUGAAGAUGUUCUUAAGCUGCUGCAGGAAAUUGGGAUUGAGAAAAUAGAUAAAGUUACAGUUAUGGAUGAUCCUAAUAAGAUUGGGUGUAAUCGUGGAUAUGCAUUUCUUGAACUUGAAACUUGUAAAGAUGCUCAAAAUGCUUACAAGAAACUCCAAAAAAAGGACGUCUUUGGGAAGCAUCAGAAAAUAAAAGUUGCUUGGGCUGAACCCUUGAAGGAGCCAGAUGAAGAAGAAAUGCUUAAGGUGAAAUCGGUUUAUGCUGAAUAUAUACCUUCCUCGUGGACUGAAGAGAACGUGAGAAACUAUUUCAAAAAGUUUGGUGAGAUUGAAAAUGUUGCUCUUGCUCGAAAUCUAGGUUCAUCUAAGAGAAAAGACUUUGCAUUUAUUAAUUAUACAACGCGUGAAGCUGCUCUUGCAUGUAUUGAGGCAUUCCGUCGUGAGUCAUUUAAUGAUGAUGGUUCCAAGGUGAAUGUGAAGGUAUCGCUUGCGAAACCACUACCAAAGGGCAAGGAAAUCAAACCAGUCUCAAAUCCUAUUAGUAAGGAAUCUUCCAAAGUGAAGUUAAAGGUAGCCCAAUCUGUCACAAGGCCACAUGAACCCAGAAACAAAGGAAAAUCGUACAGUAGUGGUUACGAGAAUGUUGGAAUUGAUAAAAGGUCUUCUACAACUGCCGAACUUGUACAACUCUUGAGGGAACAAGCAUCAUGGACGCAGUCACGAACAAGUUUAGGCAUAGGUUCUCUUGAUCAGGAUCAUCCUUACCCAUCACCUGGGAGGAAGCGCCCAUUUUCUGGAGAUGAUUCACUUUAUUCAGAUCUCAGAGGGUAUCCUCGUGCACGCUUGGAAAGUUCUUUCCCAACUACAAGCCUAAGUUAUGGUGGAUUGUCCCAAGGAGUUGGUGCAACAUCUUUGCCCUAUUACCAUCAACAAGGUGCUGGUUAUGCUUCUGGAUCACUUGAUGGGACUCGUGAUUAUACUAAUAGUUACCAGACAAGAGGAGCACCUUAUGGUGGAAGCAGUAGUUUAUACCAUAGAUUUCGAUGAUGCAACUGCGAUUUCUCGAAAUCGUGUUCCGGACAGUCUACUUGUAACAUUUGAUAGAGAGUCAUUGAAAUUAUUCAAAGUCCGGUGAAAGAUGCUGAUAAAAGCGUUGUCUGAGGACUCUGUUUGACACCUCAGGCAAGAGUUCAUGAAUCAAUGUUACCGAUUUGAUGCAUUGUUGUGGAUCAUUUUUUUAUUUUAUUUCUUAAUUCAUGUAAAGACCUCUUUGUUUAGGUCUUCUAUUUAAUUCCCAUCUUUUUUGGUAGUCUUCUGUUGAAUAAAGUGCAUGAUUGAAAUUUGAUGCUACUAAACUAACUAAAAUGUGUCCAUGAUUGAAAUUUGAUAUCAUUUUAUUAUG